AUGGCAAACGCAUUUCGUCACCAAAACAGUUUCAACGCGGUGCUCGACGUAGUUUGUUGAUUUGUCGCGCUUUAAUCUUAUAAUUUAUGUGGCAAUGCCAGCGCCUGCGGGAGAAUAAGUUCUUGUAGCAACCUCUAAGGGAAUAUUGGAACUGAUUUUAUAACGUGCUAUAGUACAAAACCCUUCUACAAUGUCUGAGCGAUAUGCGAAUGGGGUAUCCACCAGUUUAGUGGAGCCCCCUGCCAAUGGACAUUCAGCAGACACAAAGAAAGCAGUUGAAGACGGCGAUGGAGACAAAAUAGUGCUAAAGCGAAAACUAACUCUAAUCAAUGGAGUGGCCAUUAUAGUGGGCACUAUUAUUGGAUCGGGCAUAUUUAUAGCACCCACCGGAGUGUUCUACUAUACGGAAUCCGUCGGAAGUUCACUUUUGAUUUGGUCCGCCUGUGGGAUUCUUUCAACAAUCGGCGCUCUUUGCUAUGCGGAGCUGGGCACUAGCAUUACGAGAUCCGGGGGAGAUUACGCCUAUCUGUUGGUCGCAUUUGGGCCGCUUGUAGGCUUUCUACGCCUAUGGAUCGCCCUGCUCAUUAUCAGGCCUACUACACAGACAAUAGUUGCGCUGACUUUUGCCCAUUAUGCUGCCAAGCCCUUCUUUGAGGACUGCGAUCCGCCACAGAAUGCCGUGAAGCUGCUAGCUGCCGUGUGUCUAUGUCUACUCACUGCCAUAAACUGUCUGUCCGUCAAGGUGUCGAUGAAGGUGCAGGAUAUCUUUACGGUCGGCAAGCUCUUGGCACUUAUUAUGAUAAUACUCGCCGGUCUAUAUGUCAUGGCCACUGGAAAGUUGGAUAACUUUUCGAAUCCCUGGGAGGGUAGCUACAGUGCGCGAAAUAUUGGCUAUGCUUUCUACUCCGGCCUGUUUGCCUUUGGCGGCUGGAACUAUUUGAACUUUGUCACUGAGGAGCUCCAGGAUCCAUACAAAAAUUUGCCACGCGCCAUUUGGAUAGCGAUGCCCCUGGUUACGGGAAUUUAUGUGCUGGUUAAUCUGGCAUAUUUUGCCGUUGUCUCCAAGCCGGAGAUGCUGAGCUCUCUGGCAGUUGCCGUGACCUUUGGCAACAAGGUAUUUGGACCGCUGGCCUUUAUGGUGCCCAUUUUUGUGGCAUUGAGCACUUUUGGCGGCGUGAAUGGUGUGCUCUUCACCUCGGCUCGUCUGUUUGCCACUGGCGCCCAGGAGGGUCAUCUGCCCAAGUUCUUUCAACUGUUCCAUGUCAAGCAACAGACACCAAUACCUUCGCUGAUAUUUACCUGUUUGAUGUCGUUGCUAAUGCUGCUUACCGAGAAUGUCUAUGAGCUGAUUAACUACUUCAGCUCCGUGUUAUGGCUCUCCGUUGUAGCCAGCAUAGCGGGCAUGUUGUGGCUGCGACACAAGAAACCUGAUUUACCUCGUCCCAUCAAAGUGCAUUUGGCAUUGCCAAUCAUUUUUAUGACCAUUUGCGUGACCUUGGUGCUGUUACCCAACUUUAAGGAGCCCGCCAACCUACUCAUUGGCAUCGCCAUCACCUUAGCUGGCAUUCCCUUCUACUAUGUGUGCAUUGCCUGGCAGCAAAAGCCGCGUUGCUAUGGCCGUCUCUCGAAUGCCAUGGUUGAGCUUUGUCGUGCCAUCUUCAAUACAACCAUUAUAGAGUCAAACGAAUCGCUAAAGUAGGCCAAAGUGCUAUGUGCAUUUAGUUAACCACACAAAGCAAAGAUAUUUAACUCCAGCCAAGGGCUUUUUAAUUGUAUGCCAAAACUUUUUGUAUGAUAUUUUCGCACCGACAUUAUUAUCAUUCCUCAAAAUUUAAUUUGCAAAUCAGUUUAUAUGCUAGCUAUAGUUACAUUUUUGUAUUAUCUUUAUAUUUAUUCAAGUGAUGGCAGUUACAAAAGAGUUUCUCACACAACUUAUAUAAACAAAUAGCUAUAUAUAAAUGAUAUAUAUACACGUAUGUACUUGCCUCUGUUGUGACGCGUUUAGGGAAACCAUAAAUUAUAAGCGAAAAAUAUUGAAACUAGCUAUAAGUAUUACUACGCAUAUUUAUCAACUUGAA